AUGGCCGCGCCCACCCAACUCCCCGAGACUGCCAAGCCAAAGCACUCCAACCAAUCUGAAGCCGGUCCAGCCCCACUGGCUUCUCCAACAGCCCCCAUGCCACGCCCUGCAUCCCAUCUAGCACCCAUGCCUUCAGAUCAUCCAGACUUCCGAUCCAAGUCCGCUCGUCUUAGAUGCCAACCGCCCCGUACAAACAACUGCGGCACAUUCAAACAACCACCGUCAGUCGCUGCCACUAGCCGUCCAAAGCCAGGCAACCCAUUCCUCCAGCCCCCAACCAAAGGCACGCCUCCCCCAAAGAAGAAGAAGAAGAACCACACAGAAGGAUGCCACACACACGAAGCCAAUCCAGAACCAAACACCAAACACACAGAAACAGAGCCCCCAAUCAUCUCCCACUGCCCUCCUCCACAUCCAGGGCCCACUGCAACCCCGAAUCUCCUCCCUUGCCCAAACCCCACUUCAUCAUUCUGUCAAAACACCAGAGACAGCCCCAGCUUGCCCCCCCAACGUCCAAACAUGGUCCAUAUUCCCGAAACACCCCUCCAAAGACGUCACAGCCCAAGUCAAAUCCCAAUCCGUAUCCCACCGAGCCCCUAUAACCUAUCAACCGCCAAGACCUACUACUACCUCCAACCCCCGUAUCUCCCAAUCCUAUCACAUGAAAUCCAUUUCAUCGUACCUCUCCUUUGCCCAUAUGAACAUCACACACACAACAGAGCAGCACGCCGAGAACCAGCCACACUGGAAAACAAUCCUCGACAUCGCUCCAUUCGUCUCAAUUACAUUCCCAGCCAUCAUGUGCCUCAUCUUCGACGAAGACAGUUUUGA